UACAUCACAAGGCGCUGAUUUUAAAAAAUGUUUUUAGUCUCAGCUAUUAUGUCUGGUUUGUUGUCUCGAUGGUGGAAUUGCGCAUAGUUAAUUCCAAAUUGGGACAAGAAUAUGAUAAACGUUGCUUGUGAUAAUUGAUUUUGAUCACUCUGUGGCGACAACUUUUACUUGAGACUGCUCAUGCAAGCCUAGUUGACACGUACAAGCUCUCAUAUAUAAAAGCUUCCAUACUUUAUAAAGCCAUGUUAAAAUGGAUGCCUGAUCGUCUCCUUCGCUACUGCAUAAUUCAUUUAAAGGUAGGUAGCACGGUGGCGUAGGCACACGCUAGUAAGAAACUAUUACAAAAGACGGAAUCCACUUUCAUUCAGUAUUGGAUAUACUGCAUUUGCUGUUUUCUUUUCGUAUUUUUGAGAGUGUCUUUGAUUAUAUUAAUGUGGUCGUGGGUGGAUAUGAGUUAGCUAUCACGCUUUUCUAGAUUUAUUAAAGCGUUGGAUCCGAUUCGGAAAAAUGAUGUUUUACAUUAUCCUAGGAAGGUAUGGAAAAUUCACUGCUUGGCAUGUGUCGCAUUGCAUUGGUACUCUUUCAUGAGCUAUCACAUAGCAGACGAAAAAAGAAAUCGGCAUAUGUGUUGAUUCACAUGGAUCGUUUCCUUCGAUAAGGUCAUAGGAAUAUAUUUGUCUAAAUGCCCCCUUUUUGGUGUCAAUGAAAACAACUAAGAUGUGUCAAAAAUGUUUGUUGGAAAAGUUGAAGUAAAUAUCUCAGUUCAUCGUCCUGCACGUUAAGGUCUUUUAGAACUAAUUAAUAAUCAUAUAUUACCAUAUAUAAAGUCCGCGGGAAAUACUUUUAUGUCCAAGGAGAAAGCAUGGUUUGCAGUAUUAUAUCGCUUAUGGCCAAAUAGUUCUUACAAACUGCACACCUGCCGAUGUUAGUUUAUUUGAAAGAAGGGGUUGGACCUUGGAUUGUGCGAGGCUGACUGGCUAAUCUGGUGAGAUCGACAGACGACCACCACCAUAACGAUGCGGCUAUUCACUGGAGCUGCUGCUUUUCGGGCGUGAUACCAACAGCAGCUGAAGCUUGAAGCCGAAAGUUGUGACAGCGGCCCUAAAACAAGCCAUUGCUUCGGGUGUCGAUUUGAACCCCACAUGAACAAACGACCGAGUGAUCCGGCAAGCUAGUGAAAGAAUGAUGCUCGUUUUUGUUCUGGCUUAGCCUACGUACAACCGCAUUGAAAUGCACGUAGCAGUAGUGCUAUCUAUUAUCAUGGUACUACUACUACUACUGAUGAUAAUAAUAAUGAACUUGAUUGCACAAUCAGUCGUGUAUUGAAUGCUGGCUGUUACAUUACGUUCAUGGAAGUUUUUAUUUUCUACGACGCGCUGUAAGUAUCGUGAAUAAAUAAAAAAAAAAAAGCGGGUCGCUUAUGAUGGAUAUUUUCGCGUGCAAAACGUCGCCGCCUGUCUGACGUUUACAUAGUUAAGAAAAGGAUAGAGAUAUUAAACUUACGAAAUGCUAUUGCAGAUGGUGACUUUAGAUAAUGGUGUUAAAAUAUUAAGAAGGUUUCUAUUUUAAAUUAUGGGCGUAAGCAUUUCUUUUAAUUGUGCUUGAUGCAAAGAGCGAGUCUGUAUUUAUGUGUAAUGAUUGACCCACAAUAUUACAUGCUUCCAUCGAGCGAGCAUCUUUUUCUAUCGCGACGAUAGUUUUACAUGUUUCUUUUUUUUUUUUUCUUUAACAUUGUAAUCGACACUCUUUCUGCUUUAAGUAUCAGAAGUGUUUCUCGCAAAAAGGUCCACAUCAAUAUAUCGUAAGAUAAAAUAUAAUUGAUCAACUCUUUGAAAAGAAAAAUAAAUAAUGGAAUCAACUAGUUUAUUUCGUGCUAGAAAUGCUAAUGGAUAUCCACACUUACGUAGGCAGACUUUUAUGUUUAUAUUAUUAGACUUUAUUAUAGGCUUACUUUUGUGGCUUCUGCGAUAACAGCAUGCACGUCGGGAGGGCCCCAUGGUUGCCUACAAUUACUUUACUUUUAACCCGCUUUCGGAAUAUGUAUAUUGCGAAUUUUCCUGAACAUUCCCCCAAGCCAUAGUCAACUUAUGACUCAAAAUUAAAAUUAGUUAUCUUAGCGAAUGCAAUUAAAACAGGAAAAGCGUUUAGGGCGUAGAAAAUAUCGCCAAAUGCCAAUGCAGACCCUUACUAAUAACAUGUUUGCAAUAUAAUUCAAACAUUACACACACACACACAUGUAUAUAUAUAUAUAUAUAUAUGGCCCAAGCGUUUCUGGACUGUGGGAAAGUCUUCGCUUCGCAUCUGUCAAGGUAACAGGAAAUACACAAAUUACUGAAACGGAGAGGGGAUUUAAACUGUGCACUCCAGUAUCAUUCGCACACUAUUAUAGUACCAUUUUAUAAGCAUAUCACAGGGUAUUUGCAUAUUUGUAAAGAAAACCAGUUUGAUGAACCAUUGUAGCUCCUCUAUGUUUUCACGCUAGAUGAAUUAGGAUGUCUUGAAUGUAUUGAAUAGUCAUAUCCGCUCUUCACCGUGUGCGUAUAUCCUGCUAUUUCAACAAUAAAUAUAAAGCUUCUCCGACUGCAGAAAGACUUUCGAGCCACCACGUGCGUGUAUAUAUGUACCAUUAAGAGUGAAAUGUCCUUUUUGAUUAGAUUACUCCACCAAUCACUAAUUUUUUCAUCGUUCUUUUUUUCAUUUUUCCUAUCACUAACUUCUGUUCUUAACCAUUGAAUAAACGGAGCUAGUUUCCAAUUUGUAGGGAAUCAGUAGAAUUUAUCACUUUCGUAUCAGUCUUUUCUCAAGUUUAACAGAGAGAAUUAUAACAUGCGGGCGGUUACAGGGUCAGAAAUAGCCGACGUUAUUUUUGAGAAUGUUCCUUCUGCAGGCAUAACUAUGAAGCCAUCGAAGUCUCUAUUGCUGUUGCUGCUACUGCUUGUGCUCUCGACUACAUCCUUACGUGGAAGUUAAUGAAAUCGGCGUCUCGAUUGGCCGAUGGGUGGCGGGUCGGGUUGGUUCCAGUGCGGCCCGUGUGCAUUUCCUACUGCUCUCUGAACUGCUGCUGCCAGGCCAGUGGUGACGGCCGUAGUGCCGAUGAACGUGGAGGCAGUCGAGCGUGACUGUCGCCAGCCUGACACGGACAGUUGCUUUAGACGCUUGCGCUGUAGGCGUUUGCCUACGACAUCCGCGGUGUAGGAUACCCGAUGUUGCUGUGGACGGCUUGAGCUUUUUUUUAACAAGUCUAUGGUUCCUAGGUACUUGUUUAAUAACCUAGUCCAUCCAUAGACCCAGAGUCGGCCAACAGUUUCGAUAAAUCGAAUUGCUAUGUUGGUAGCGACUCUAUCGUAAAAAUAAUUAUUCAGAUUUGGGUCCAGCUGUAAGUACUUUAUCUUGCUUGUCGAUGUUCCGUAACGAUUGCACAAUAUCACCUUAGUCUUAGUCGAUAUUGAAAGGGAAACAUAAGCAUCACUGUUUGCUUCCGGACAACCUGUGACCUAUUCCAUUUGUAGAAAUUCUGCUGCACGUUAUAGUACGCUAGAGAAUGAUAUCGUGGGUGUGCUAGCAGGCGCUUCGAAAACGUUAAGCACUAUAGUUAUGGAUUUUUAAAUAGCUUUUUCGUAGCAACUGUAUUAUUGAUAGCGCUAUAUUCAUUUCGAAGACACUUGGAACGCCGUGCGUUUGAGCACUAGAGUGAGUUUCCGCACUGGACUCGUCAGACAGUUCGAAAAUUCCUAGCCUGUUGUAGCAAAUUCCUAGCUUUUGGAGCCCAUAGGGGGUGAGCACAAUUAAUGAACUUUUCAGCUUUUCUCGAAUUGUGUCAGCGCUAACGAUUGGAAAAGGCUGAACCGCUCUAUAAAUCGGUAGAAAAAAUGUGAGGACGUUACUUGCGGUAUCGAAAGCUGCUUCGUUACCUGUCAACCAGCGAAAAAUAUGCUGCAUCGUAAAAAUUCUAUCAUUCUCGUCUAUUUUGUGGGCCUAAGACCUGUGCAAUGGCUAGUUCGAACGGAUUAGUAAGCCAUCUCACCAGCAUGUCUAAGCAAUUCAACGCAUGGGCUGGUCUGUGUGUAACAAUAUUACGUGGUUCGAGAUGCGUCUUCUAAUUCUCGGCAACAUAAACAGCCGCAUCAAGAUGUGCUUUUUAAUGUAAAUUACAGUAUAUUAGCGCUGAUUAUCCGCAGUGAAAUUUCGACCAAUCAAUAACCUGCGUUUUACCUGCUUGUAUUCUCAGACUUUUAGCUAUUGACUGUGUAUGGUAAUGAUUUGUUUAACACAAAGCUUUGGGUUUUAACGACAUAUUGGUACCCAGCGAUGGCAAACCGGUUAUCUGUCGCUUCACGCGUGUGACUUUGCGGCCGAAAUCUUAAAUAUGCGUCCAUUACGCAGGAGUGUACACGCGUGAAAUACACAUGGGAAAAUAACUAAGACUGACAUUCUUUGACAUUAACAUACAAACUUUAGUUCAGUUAUCUUGAGCAAUAGCGGAAAAUAUGGAUAAACUUAAAGACGUGCCGGUUUGCCAAUGUUUACGGCACUGCAGACGCCACUGCUGCUAUGUGCAGUAUAUUUUAUUUGUAGCCAGUAAUUUUUGAACAGCGGGACGGUUGGGCACAGCCGAUCACUGCGAAAAGUGCAUUUGUCAACUGGCGCUCUUCGUCAGGUGUUGCCGUUGUGUGCCACAUCGAUUCAAGCAGAACUAAAACGUUUUCUUUUUAGCUAUGAUAGCGUUCAGUGUUUUUAGUCUAAUGUAAAUUAGUUAAGCUCUGCCCAGCAACAUUGACAACCAAACUUUGUAGGGUUGCUAGUUAGGGCCUGCAAUUCUGAACCUCACGAGAACUUUCUCAGCUUUCACACAUGGAAACGAGUCUCCUAAGCGUAUGCUUUUCGUUGGAUAAAGCUCGUUCACCAAAAAUAACCACAAAGGCCGUUUUCAAUACUGGAAAUACAUGAAAAACAUACGAACUUUGCUCGCUUUUGAAUAAUAUGUGCCUACCUUAUCAGUACUCAGCUCAUGGGCUUAGUGUGCUGGAGGCAUAUGUCCUAUUGCGAAAGUAGAACCAGUGGCCCUUGGUUUUUAAAUCGGAAAUUCAACGGUUCCACAUUCAAUAUGUUGAAAAGAAGUAGUGAAUCUACCGCAAUGAGAAUAAAAAAUUCUAUUGAUACAUAGCGGAGGCACGGUUAAAAAAAUAGUAUGUGCCUACAGUUAAUUCUGGUCCUCCUGCUUUGCUGAAUCCGGUUGAUUUUGCAGCAUAUGGGAAGAAUGAGAUCCACUUUUUUAAAGAACAUAUUCAACUAAAUUCCAGAAAUUGAAGUGCGGCGAAAUACCUCCAUGAAGGUCUAUAAACCUAUAUAAGCAUAAGACAAAAGUAGUUCAAAGGAUCACCAAAGAUUGAUAUAUUGAAACCAAGAAGCAGGUCGGUUAUGGAGCACAUGGUAUAACUACAUAACGCAGCAGAGAACGAAGUGGUAUUAUUCGAAAAAAGAGCCUAGUGAAAAAUUACUUAGUCGACUGAUAAUGGCAUAAGAUCUAUUACCUAUCAUAAUAUCUAUGAAAAAAUGAAAUUAGACAGAACACAUGGUUAAAUUUAGGUAAAAUAUUUGAAAGACUUUGAGCGGAAUUCAAAGCUAACUGUAACUAAAGUAUGGCUAAAGUAUGUGAUACAUAUUGAAAAAUAAGCACCUUAAUAUUGGCAAUAAUUGAUAAUAAGCUACUGCGUUGGUAAGAAGGGGCUAUAUUUAUUUUUGCCAUUUCGAUGACGACUGGUAAGAUAAAUAAAUUACGACGACGACGACGACGACGACGAGGACGACGACGAUGAUGAUUCAGACGGUAUUUGUUUUAAGUUCGUUUUCAAUGAUCAAAAAUGGUGAAAUCGCGUACUUAUGAAUACGGUCACUAUGUCGACAUCCUUUAUUCGGUUAUUAACCAAAAAUGUUUGAGAGCGGUAAUCGUAGAUGCUUUGAGAUUCACUGAAGUACACCUUUAACGUUUCGUGGUUUCAUAAAACCAUCAAAUUGACGUAGCCGCUAGUUAACUUACUUAAUUUAAACGAAUCUAAAGUUAUGAUAUACUCUGGUACGCAGAUUGCACAAAAGUUAUCCAUAGUUAUUGCGGCCUCCUCAGGACUACUCCACUGCUGAAAUAAAGUUUUACUUUCUAUGGACCUCCUGGUUCAUUACCAACAGUGUCUGCGCAGAGGAUUAUUAUAUUGUUUUUGUGUUUAUUAUUAACUUCCAUUAUCAGAAUUGAGCAAGUGAUGUUAAUAUAUUACGUUUUAAAUUUUCCUUAAUGCUCAAUUUACAACGUCAACUGCAGAAAGGCGUUCUUUAAGAUGCGUUGGAUGUCCCACGCCUAGUUGUAGGUGAAUCGGACAUGCCUUAAGUCGCAUCAUUGCUUCUAUAACGUAGUUUACUAGCAGCAGUAGCAGCAAAAUAUUUGACGUCAGCAGCGUCAUCGUACUGGCAGUGAUGAUGAUGAUGAUAACGAUGGUAGCGGUCAUGCCGCUAGCAUUAGCAAAUAGUCAUUUUGGGUGUUCUCAUUUUCAGUAUUUGGCCUCGGCAGACGACGGCGGUGGUUCCGCAACGACAGCAGCAGCAGCAGCAACUGCCGGCAUGGAGACAAUGACUGGAGCCUCUGCAGCAGCCGCUGCAGCAGCGUUGUCUCCACUUCUGUCUGUUGUGGCUCCUGCUGGACCCGCCUCCGCGAACGCAUCUUCUUUUUCAGCGGUGGCUCCCUCAGUGGCCACGAUAGCAACCAUAUCGGUGACAGCUGUAGAUGGAUCAAUUGGUGGAGAUCGCCAGGGGGGUCCGGGUCAGGGAGGGACUAAGCCGGAGCCGCGAGUCCUUGGUGGACGCGAAAUCGUCGAUCAACGUGGAAAAACGCGACUCGUUGGACCUUUUUAUUGCAGCGUUUGCCAUAAACAAUUUCCUCACAAGAGCCUGACGGAAAUACAUCUGCAGUGCCACAUGGAAAAAAGAUUACCCUGUCCAUUUUGCGACAAGAUGUUUAAGAACAAAUACGUGCUGAAAUAUCACGUUGAGGGAGCGCACAACCAAACACUGGGAGAUCCCAGUCCUCAGUUAAGGCGGCGCCUCGAAAAGCGCUCCUUAAACGCCGUCUCUUGCUUUUGCGGUCUCACCUUUGAGACGAUGAACAGCUAUAACGAGCAUAUGCGGACUCACCAACAUCAUCCUAGCCAUAACGGAAGCAACAGUCACAAUCACCGAGCUUCAAUACAGCAACAGAGUCACCAUCAGGCUGUAACCUGUCAUCCGUGUCCAAUGUGCAAAGAAAGUUUCGCCAAUUUAUAUCAACUGGUUAAGCAUAUGGAAGUCCACAAUAACAACCGACCUGCGUUAUCGCCAGAACCAGCUGUUCCUGCAAAAAAAAUUCGUCUGCUUGGUGGCGCUACACUUCAGAUUACUCCGAUAGCUACAUCAACUCCGCAAACGACGGCAACAACGCUUACAUCGAUGCUCACACCAACUGUACCGCCACUGUCAUUGGUUUUACCUAAAUCGCCAGUCCAAAAAGCAGCCGGUAAAACUUCACCAAAGGUGGUUAUUGCCAAGGCAGUAGCUAAACCAUCGUCUUUGCUUCCAACGGCAACGAAACAGUUCGAGUGUGAAAUGUGUGGAGAGACAUUUACCCAAUUGCCUCUUUACCGUGGCCAUCUGCAGAACGCCCAUCAGCUGUACCUGAUCUGCCUUGAAUGUCACCAGGUGGCAGGCGACGUAGCUGAGAUGACACGGCAUAUGGAAAUCGUCCAUCCGCAUCUGACAGCGCAUCCCUGCCCCGUGUGUGGGCGAUGCUUCACCGAUGAAGAGGGAGCUCGAAACCAUCUCGAAGCGCACAAAAAUGGGCUUGCAGAUUUCAGUGGAUGCUUCCAAUGUGCGUAUUGCGAGGCAUUAUACGAUUCGGAGCGUGAAUGUGCCUUGCACGAAGCUACACAUCCGCCUAACGCCAGGACUUUCCUUAGCUAGUACAGAUGUUUAGCUAUCGAACGUAGUCGAUCUUCACAACAUAGUGAAACCUCACAACGUAGUCGGUUUUCCCAAAGAAAGGACGCCUCUUCUACAGGGAGAAUUUAGAAAGGAUAAGAAUGAAUCGAUAGCUUAUUUCAACACAUAGCUAUGGUAAUUACUAUACGUUUGUCUAAACUAUCGAGACUGCACCGUCAAAGACAGUGAUGAACUUGUACAGACGGGAGGCCUGUAGCUGCAAAGCUGGUAUCAGUGCUCUCGUCUAAGGUCCCUGAUGUUAAUAGCCUGUGGAUCUGUUGUGAAGAUACACAAGUAAUUAUUCCAAAAUAACGGUACAGUAUACGGACUUAAAUUUGUUCUGCCUGAUUCUCUCAGUGUGAGAGGUCAUACUGAGAAUUAAGAUUUUAUUGUACUGUGUACGGUAUAUAUAAUACAGAUAUACUUUCAACGGGCUUUACUUUACUACAUUAGUGUUUUAAAUGUGGAAUAUUACUACCCGUUUUUCCGAUGAUAAAUAUUCGGUGAAGAAAAAUAUGAGCUUUCUAAUAAUUUACCAACAGCUAACGCACCCACUGACCCAUAAGUAUACAGAUGAAGUAUGAUGCCGCCCAAUUGACUUACUAAUUUAUUAUUAUUAUUUUCUUACCACUAUUUAAGCUAACGUAACCUCCACUAUCUUUGUCGGUUUUACUGGACUAUUAGUUCGUCUUGUAUUUCUCGUAUCUCUGAGUGCUGCGAACCUCACGCAUCGAAGUUCACUAAUUUCCUCUGCUCUCCUUUUUAUUCUACUUGGCUACUUUUUAUGAGAAUACAGCUAACAAUAAUUGAACUAAGAUCUCGGGCGAUGGAAAAGUGCUUUGGCUGGAAGGUCUGCACUUCACAAGACGUGGAUUACAGAUGAAAAUAAGGUUUAGGUCAUAAAAGAAAUAUAUGAGGAAGAUUAGUAGUGUAGCAAAACGUGAAUACAAGU